UAUGUUCAGAGUUUUCCCAGAGGUCCUGUGAAGAAUGUCUAAAAAAUGUUUCGUGCCUCUGGUGUUACACCAACAACACUUGUGUUGAUUACCCUGUAAGAACCAUUCUUCCACCAUCUUCAUUAUGUGCCCUCUCGAAUGCGCGAUGGGGAGCUUGCUGGAUAAACUUUGAAGCUUUAAUUAUUGCCAUAGCUGUAUUAGCCGGACUCAUUCUGCUGUCCAUAGCAGUCUGUUGCUGUUACUGCUGUUACUGCAGAAGGCGUUCCAGGAGCAGGCCAGAUGAAGAAGAGGAACGACUGGCUAGAAAGAGAGAGGAACGAAGACUACAGUCUCUUCAGAGGAAACAUGAAAGAAAACUGAAGCAUGAUGAAAUACGUAAGAAGUAUG